GAUCAGCUGUUUUUGUUCUUAAUAUAAUCUCAGUGACAGAGAAUAAUAGGGUUUUCAAGUGCCGUACUGCGUAGAUGUGAAACAAGUUAUUUGAACAGCAGCAAUCAGUUGCAAUCCGAUUGAACUCCAGGGUAGAUCUUAGGCCUAAGGCUAAGAAGAUGUGGGCAAAAUUAUUAAUUACAUUAAUCAGCGCAUCAGCGGUGCAUGGCCAACAGCAGCAGCAGCAGCAACAACAACCAGAUCCAGCAGCCGUUGAAUCGUGUGAUCUUUUCAAGCGCACAGUCUUUGAGAAACGUGUGGCCACCAGCUUUUUUUUCUCCAAUGCUCCAAUUGAAUAUGAUAUUGUUGACUCUUGUGUUGGUUCCCGUCCACUGAUUGUGGACGGAACGCCGGCCGAUCCAAAGGAAUUUCCAAGUGCCGCUCGUUUGGGUUAUUACAAUAUGGCUGAUAAUAAGACAAAGUGGUUUUGUGGUGGAACAUUGAUCACCAAUCGAUUGGUACUCACUGCCGGCCAUUGUUUGUACACCGAUAUUGGACCGGUGAAUAUUGUGCGAUUGGGCGAACUGGAAUUUGAGAACGACAAAGAUGAUGCCGAUCCUGAAGACUUUGGUGUUCUUAGAACUAUCUUGCAUCCGGACUAUAAACAUCCGCUUCUAUACAAUGAUAUAGCCUUAAUUCGCAUAGAUCGUGCAGUAACCUUUAAUGUGUAUAAGCAUCCCGCCUGUUUGCCUUACGACGAUGGCGAAAGCCACGAAUCAUUUAUCGCCAUUGGUUGGGGGCAGCAGAAAUUAGCCGGAAGACCUUCAAAUAAAUUGCUUAAAGUCACCCUCAAAGGAUAUGGUAAAAGAUGUCUUACAGAUCUCGAGUCAAAUUCAGAAUUACCCAAUGGCUAUGAUGCCAGUACACAACUGUGCAUUGGUUCACCUGACUCUAAGGAUACCUGUAAUGGUGAUUCCGGCGGCCCAGUGCUGAGCUAUCACAAUAAACAUCCGUGCAUGUACAAUGUGAUGGGAAUCACUUCAUCUGGCAUUAGUUGCGAUACACCGAAUAUACCAUCAGUUUACACACGAGUUCAUUACUAUAUGGACUGGCUAAAACAGGAAAUUGCUAAGGUCAAGUAAAAAUUCGAGGAAUUGUUUAUUAUUAUUGUAUAUUAAUUAACAAGAAUAUUCUUUGUAUUUGCAUAUAAAUCAGAAAGCUUAUUCAAAACCA